UGACAAGUGAUUUUUUUUAUUGAGAAAUAACACCAUUCUACUGAGCAUACGUGUUUAUUAUUUCGUGUACUUUGGCUAUAAUCGAAUUUAUUAAUCAAAGCUACCAUGGCUGCAAUGAUAACUUCAUGGAACCCAGAAAAAAAACACAGUGAAGUGGAAAGAUGGAUUUGUAUUUACCCUGCGUAUCUGAAUAGUAAGAAGACUUUGGCGCAAGGUCGCAGGCUACCGAAGUCCUCUUGUGUGGAGAAUCCUACUCACCAAGAGAUUAGGGAUGUACUUGUAGCCACUGGAUUGCCUGUGGGUGUGGAAAACAAGUUAUACCCGAAGGAGCAAAGCAAGGAAAUGCUAUUCAGAGGCAGAAUAAGGGUUCAGAUAAAGAAUGAUGAUGGAACCCCACUCAAAACAGAGUUCCAGACCAGGGAAUCUGUCAUGAAGUACAUUGGUGAAUCAAUACCUAAACUGAAGACCCGUCAAAACAGGCCUGCCGACCAACAGCCGCAGGCGCAGCAAGUCACCAACAAAAGCAAGGGGAAGAAGGGCCGCCGAUAAUGACAUAGACGUAUAUUAUAUAUUAACCAUAUUAUUAUUUCUUAUUAUAUAAAACAAAACUAAA